AUUGACACUUGACAGUUCAAAAACAGGUUUUAUUUGAUGGGAACUCAAAUUAGUAAAAUUAUCCGGCCCACCACCACAAAAAUGGCGAACUCAACGGAAAUUCAACUAUUCAUCAAAGACACUAUUUCUAAGGAAAAAGUUGUUGUGUUUUCAAAAUCAUAUUGCCCUUACUGCACUAUGGCUAAAGAAGUCUUCAACAAAGUAAAGCAGCCCUUCCAAGUGAUAGAGCUAGACCAGCGUGAAGACGGCGCUGAUAUUCAGGGCAACCUUGCUUCAAUCACAGGAAUCCGAACGGUCCCACAAGUGUUCAUCAAUGGCAACUGUGUCGGCGGCGGCUCUGACGUCAAGGCCCUGCAUGAGUCGGGGAAGCUAGAAUCCAUGCUUAUUGGUUGACUUACCAUUA